AGGUGAUGUCAUGGCGACCUUCAUAGUUAAUGGUUAAAUAAAUUGUUUAAAUAAAAGUCAGGGUCCAAAGAUUAUAGAUACAUGUCUCUUCGCCCUAACAAUAUGAGUCGUUGUCCACGAAGCGGCACGGCGGGCAGUCUAGUGGUGGAUACGGCUCAUUCUUGUAAACUUAUUUUGAAUAUUCGAUGACGGUUGUGAUGUCCACCGCCUGUAUUCAAUGUAGAGAAGCUACGUUUACUAUCCUCAUGACAUGCAUAGUCUGGAGAUAUAACGCUUUUUAUUCUCUCAAAGUUGGCAGAAUGUCAUCAUACUUUUUUACAAGUACACUCGUAACAACUUAAGCAGUACGAAACGUCUAUUCGAUCAAAUACACCUCACGUAGCAAAUAAGCCAUUACAUUUUUUUGUUGACCAAAUUCGACACUCUCAUUGACCUCCAGACAAAAACUCCAUGUUUGUUUGGGCGAAAAAACGACAUGCUGGAUGGAGGGAAACAGAUUGUCCGCCGAGUUUUUCUUCCUCUGUCGGACGUGCAGUCCGUCAUAACGAAGGUACUCCUUCAAUAUAAAGUUGUUGAAAAUGUGUCAGUUUCACGACGUUGGAGUAAUACCAUUGUUCACCUAUUUAAGACAUUUGCUCAAAUCUAGGUUGUGUCUUUAUGUUUCGAGAAAAUGAACAACUAAGGAUUUUUUUUUUCUUCACUUCUCUCAUUGACUUCUCAAACCCCCUGGGGUUUGGUCUGUUCCCGGAAGUCUCGCGAUAUUGCGCCUCUGGAUUUAGAAACUCUGCGGUCAAACUGCCCAAAGCGAAGAUUUUCUAAAACGUCUUUCACGCUGGUUCGAUAUGUCAUUUCCUGCUCGCCGUACAGAAACAAUCGAACUGCGUCUUUAGUGUUUUCUUACAGCGCCAAACGUGGGGUGUAUUUUUAAUGUAUUUUGGGGAAAUAAAGUUGUCCAAAAACAGCAUUUAACAGGCUACAGUAGUAACCCAUAACAUAACACAAUAAAAUGGAGACAGAACACCGGACUAAAAAGAGAUCCUAUGGGGAGGAGGAGAAGUCCGGAUCAGAUCAUCCAUCUGAAGAGGAUGACUAUGUCCCAUACGUACCUGUCAAAAUCAGAAAGCAUCAAAUGCAACUGAAGAUGCUGCGUCUGCGAGGGAAGGUGGUAGAGGAGGAGCAGAAGGAUAGUGGAGGAGAGCAGAGAGAUGAGGACGAGGGUCUGGGACCACGCUCUAACGUCUCCCUGCUGGAUCAACACCAGGUUCUCAAGGAAAAGGCCGAAGCUCGUAAAGAGUCAGCCAAGGAGAAGCAGCUGAAAGAAGAACAGAAGAUUCUGCAGAGUGUGGCAGAGGGAAGAGCUCUCAUGUCGGUGAAGGAAAUGGCCAAAGGCAUCAUCUAUGACGAUCCCAUCAAAACAAGUUGGUUGGCUCCACGGUACAUCCUGAACAUGCCCCCUGCGAGACACGACCGCGUCAGGAAGAAGUACCACAUCCUGGUCGACGGUGACGGUAUCCCUCCGCCGAUCAAGAGCUUCAGGGAGAUGAAGUUCCCACAGGCCAUCUUGAAAGGUCUGAAAAAGAAGGGAAUUGUUCACCCUACACCCAUUCAAAUCCAGGGAAUUCCAACCAUUCUCUCAGGCCGGGAUAUGAUCGGUAUCGCCUUCACAGGUUCAGGGAAGACUCUGGUGUUCACCCUCCCCAUCAUCAUGUUCUCUCUGGAGCAAGAGAAGAAACUGCCCUUCUGUAAGAGUGAAGGGCCCUACGGUCUCAUCAUCUGUCCCUCAAGAGAGUUGGCUAAACAGACCCACACCAUCAUAGAAUACUACUGUAAGCUGCUGGAGGAAGAAGGGGCUCCACAUAUGAGAUCAGUCCUCUGUAUAGGAGGCAUGUCUGUCAAAGACCAGAUGGAGGUGGUCAAACAUGGUGUCCACAUGAUGGUGGCGACCCCCGGCCGUCUGAUGGACCUGUUGCAGAAGAAGAUGAUCAGUCUGGAUAUAUGUCGUUAUCUGGCUCUAGACGAGGCUGACCGAAUGAUAGACAUGGGCUUCGAAGAAGACAUCAGAACUAUCUUCUCCUACUUUAAGGGCCAGAGACAAACUCUUCUGUUUAGUGCCACCAUGCCCAAGAAGAUCCAGAACUUUGCCAAGAGUGCCCUGGUCAAACCCAUCACCAUCAACGUGGGCCGGGCCGGCGCUGCCAGCCUGGACGUCAUUCAGGAAGUGGAGUAUGUGAAGGAAGAGGCUAAGAUGGUUUACCUGCUGGAGUGUCUACAGAAGACCCCUCCUCCGGUGUUGAUGUUUGCUGAGAAGAAAGCAGACGUGGACGCCAUUCAUGAAUAUCUCCUGCUGAAAGGAGUGGAGGCUGUGGCUAUCCACGGAGGAAAAGACCAGGAGGAGCGUACCAAGGCCAUCGAGGCCUUUAAGGAAGGGAAGAAGGAUGUGUUGGUGGCUACUGAUGUUGCGUCUAAAGGUCUGGACUUCCCUGCUAUACAGCACGUGGUCAACUAUGAUAUGCCAGAGGAGAUAGAGAACUAUGUCCACAGGAUUGGUCGAACCGGUCGAUCAGGGAAGACUGGGAUCGCCACCACUUUCAUCAACAAAGGCUGUGAUGAGUCGGUGCUGAUGGAUCUGAAGGCCCUGCUGAUAGAAGCCAAGCAGAAGGUUCCUCCUGUUCUACAGGUCCUACAGACAGGAGACGAGACCAUGCUGGAUAUCGGAGGAGAGAGAGGCUGUACAUUCUGCGGUGGUCUUGGUCAUCGUAUCACAGACUGUCCCAAACUGGAAGCCAUGCAGACCAAACAGGUCACCAAUAUCGGACGGAAAGACUACCUGGCACACAGCUCCAUGGACUUCUGAAUGUACCUCACGAAAUACUGUCACCUACUCAAUGCUGUGCCUGGUUUGUUUUGCCAGGUACAAUGGGGACCAAUUGGGAUAGUAUGACAUGGCUGUGUGAGACUGACAUGGCUGUGUGAGACUGACAUGGCUGUGUGAGACUGACAUGGCUGUGUGAGACUGACAUGGCUGUGUGAGACUGACAUGGCUGUGUGAGACUGACAUGGCUGUGUGAGACUGACAUGGCUGUGUGAGACUGACAUGGCUGUGUGAGACUGACAUCGUUCCCGUGUGACUGACAUGGCUGUGAUGGCCUUGUUUCUCAGAGAAUUGAGGAAGUAACAUGUAUUUGGUUUGUCUCCGGGACCGAUAAGAUAAAGACAGAAUCGCUCUGUAUGUAUAAAAGGUUGAACAAUUUUUUUUUGUGCAACUCUCUUAUUUCUCUUAUCUGUUUUGUAUUAUACAUGUAAUUACAUUUCUCUGCAACGUUAAUAAAUCAAUUUUACGAUCCA